AUGGCUAUACUUCUAUAUGUGUUCGUCAGGAAGUGUGAGAGGACACCUGCUGAAGAAGAGAAGUUCACAAAUCUCUAUGUGAAAAAAUUCUUUGAUGACAUUACAGAGGAUCGUCUAAAAGAAAUGUUUUCUGGAUAUGGGAAGAUAAGUAGUGCAGUUAUCAUGAAGGAUGAUAAGGGGGUCUCAAGAGGUUUUGGGAUUGUCAACUUCCAAUCUCCAGAUGAUGCUAAGAAGGCUCUGGAGGCGAUGAAUGGUAUACAACUUGGUUCAAAGAAUUUGUUUGUGGGAAGGGCUCAAAAGAAGGCUGAAAGGACAAAGCUAUUGAAACAUAAGUACAAGGAUGUGUUCGACCGCCGUUUCGAGAAAUCAAAGGCUUCGAAUCUCUACGUGAAGAACCUUAAUGUAUCCAUCGACGACAAAAGAUUACAAGAACUUUUUGGUCGCUUUGGACAAAUAACCUCAGCUAGGGUGAUGUGCCAUGAGAAUGGGACGAGUAAGGGAUUUGGCCGUGUGCUUUUCCUCUCCCGAAGAAGCAAUGGAAGCUUUUCAUGGACUUGA